AUGCUUUACGAAAUGACAGUGAUCCACGCAACGUUCACAGGCAGUCCACGAUACAUGCACGCGAGGACGCAAGACGCGUUGACAUACGUUCGUAAGUACAGCCGACCAGACCUAUUCAUAACUUUCACAUGUAACCCAAAAUGGUACGCAACUAAAGAACUUAUGCCAGGGGAAUCGGCCUACGUCCGUCCAGACCUCAUUUCGCGAGUUUACCAUCUGAAGUUGGGAAAGCUAAUGGAUGUGAUUACAAACGGCCAGGUUUUGGGGGCUGUUUGCUGUCGCAUGUACACUAUUGAGUGGCAGAAACGCAGCCUGCCUCACGCACAUAUACUAAUUUGGCUGUGCGACAAGACUGAAGCCACAGAAAUCGAUCAUAUUAUUUCUGCUGUAAUUCCUAAUCCGUCGGCUGACCCUGAAUUGUACGAAAUACUGACAACCAACAUGAUUCAUGGUCCCUGCGGGUCGCAUUACAAUUACACCAGCUGUCACAACAGGGACGGCAAAUGCACCCGGCAGUACCCACGAGAUUUCGUGAGCGAAAGCAUUAUAGGGAGCGAUGGUUAUCCACUAUACUGGCGAAGGAGUCCCGCUGAGGGAGGAUUUACAGCCGUGGUAAAGGGCCACCAAGUGGAUAACAGAUGGGUAGUGCCAUACUGUUCCCUGCUAACAAAAGCGUUCAAUGCGCACAUCAAUGUCGAAUAUUGCCAUUCAGUUCGCUCCAUCAAGUAUGUAUGCACGUACAUCAACAAAGGGACUGAUGCUGCAAUGUUUGGUAUUAGGCAGGAAGGCUCCGUAGACGAAAUCCAGGACUUCCUUGCAGGGCGCGUCAUCAGCAGCACAGAGGGCUCUUGGCACAUAUUCAUUCCCAGCAAUCGUCCAGCUUGCUGUGCACCUACAAAACGACGAACUUCGUUAUUUCUCUGCGGAUACAGCAAUGGAUGUGGCUGCGCGUACUAA